AUGAACAUCAAGACCAUCCUAGCCCUGUGCGCCAUGGCCAGCUUGGCCACAGCAGCCCCAGCAGAAGACCUGGAAAAGAGGGAUGCUUGCGCGGGCAAGAACCGAUUCUGCUGCGAGGCCUUUUUCCCUGUCAACAUCCUCUUCAUUCGUGCGGUCGGGUUCAACUGCAAAGCCAAGAAUGGGAACUGCCCCACGGGAAAAACCGAGUAUUGUUGCACCAGCAAUCUUCCUCUUAGUAAUGGAAAUCUUGCUUGUACCAAACUGUAA